AUGUUUAGUCAAGCAAGUCCUUUAAAUGCCCGCGAUACAGUACAGGAUGUUAUAUUGUUGUUCACUGACGGACAACCACGGAGCCCAAAAGGAAGUGCAGUGGAGAAAGCAAUGGUUGUUACUGAAACAAAUAAACUGAAGGAGAAGAACGUUACAAUUGUCGGUGUGGCAGCCGGAACACCCAAGCUGAUUAAAACGUUCAAAAAGGACAUUGAAAGUUGGGUAACAGACUCAAGCGAAGUAGCAGAAACGUCGUUGGAGACGUUGGACAAAGAUGUGGACAAACUAGUGAAUAAGAUAUUUAAUCCUUUGUGCAAACCAAGACCAGGUAAGUGCUGCAGCGGUCGAAAUUUUGUAGGGUAAAUUUAUCAGAUAUUCAAUAAUUUGUUGGGCAAAAAUACAUUCAAAUCAUGUUGACGAUAAAAACAAAAAACCUAUCAGUCUAAAUUUGAGCAAAUUGUAAUGCUAUUCUAAUAUAUGUCGUUUUUUUGACCAUCACAGGUAAUAUCUUCCCCCAAAGUGUACGGAAUGGCGUUUCAUACAGAGGCUCUAAAUUUCACAAUUUUCCGGGACAGCAUGUCCGCAUACCCCCAUAGGCACAAGUAUAUCGAGUGCCAAAGACAGGAGUCUUUGGCACUCGAUCUUGGGCCUUCGCAUCAUCGUCCCAAGGUCAACGGGACUGUUUAGGUCCACUGCAAUGAGCAAUGUGGCAUAUCCAUGAGGAUGGUGUUUUCGACAGUACCGCUGCGGAACCUCAUAAAGUUUUUUUUAGUUUUCCCAGCAUCUUUACGUUCUUAUAACGCUAUACAGGCCAGACAUUUGAAAUCUGAAAUAAUAUCGUUAAAAAGCUUAUUCAUAGCUUAUCCUUUAAUUUAAAAUCGACAAUAGUUAGAAAAUAGGAUUAAGCAUUAAAAUAACUCGAGAAUAUCCUCAAGAUACAAAUUAAUGGUCCCUUGUUGUAACGUCACACGUAGCCUACCAGAGUUAUGCAUAUCCAAGAUGGCGAAUAUUUUUUAAACCACGAAGAAUAAAGAAAACCUGUAAGAAGCUUUUGAAAUAUAUUGAAAUAUAUUAUACUUUCAUUGCUAUUUCGCUUUAACGUGAGUAUCAUUUUUCUUUUAUCUCUAGGCCAAUGCUUCUGCAAAGGCGAUAGUGGUGGAACAUUUACCGCUUAUAUGAAGAAAGGAGAAAUCACAACCCAGGUCGAUUGGGUAAUCCCAAUAACAUGCACCGGGGGUGCCUCUUAUACCGUGGAUCCACCUAAUGUUAACUCUGGAGAUAGAUUUGGCCCAGGCAAACACGUGAUUACUUACUCGAGCUCGUACACUAACCAUGCUGGAAAGAGUGUAGAUCUCAAAUGCCCUCUUCACUUCACUGUUGUUAGUAAGUGAUAAUAACUAAAGAUCUUUUACAACUUUUUAAUCAGUAUCUUGCAAUUCGCAUCGAGAUUAUAAAAGGGGGAGUAUUGCGGGACAGAUUCAAUCAAACGAAACGAACAAAUUGACAUAGAGACGAUAAACGAAUAGAGUGCAUGGGCAUUACAGGAUAAUUUCAGGCAGACGAAAGGGACAAAUUGCAGCUUGCUAUUAAUGGAGGCAAAUUUGAGUUUAUAUACCCGGAAGUAAACCAAGAAAGUCAAGUUUUCACCUUUUGGCUACAAUUCAAGUAUUCAAUCCUGAUUUGAUCAACAGUCCUGACUUGUUUUACAUUUAUUUGUGGCAAAAAAGUGAGAAAUUUCCGUUUUAUAUCGUUGAAAAUGAUGAAAAAUUAGGACAGCUGAGAUCACAAAGAAAACACCACUCUUCAACAUCGACAAAAACUACUUUAAAACAUUCCUACCGUUCCAAGACUUAUUGUGUAUUAAAAGACGUCCAGGUAUUCUUGUUGAAUUUAGGCCUUUAAUCCGUACUUAAGCUAUGCAAGAAUGUUUUCAAAGUUGUAUUAUUUUCGUAAUUUCUCGCUCUUCCUAAACAUCGGUACAUCGCGGCUUUCCAUCCGGGAAUGAGAAUUUACAUGAGAACAAGAUUUUAGCCAAUCAGAGAGCGUUAUUUGCCGCACUCUACCUUUUAUAAUCGCCAUGGGCAUUGCAUUAAUUAAAUUCAGCAGAAAAUGGAUCAGAUGUAGUGAUGUAGGAAUAGUUUUAUCACUAAAUUCGGGUGUUUUGUUCAUUCAGGGCGACUGAGAGCUUUAAUUGUUAAUAUUUAUUUUAUUGUCGCUAAAUUUGUCACGGCAGUAUUGCUAUAGGAAAAUUUCAAUGUAGCCAAUUGACAUGCGAUCAUACAUUCGGGACUUGCAAUUGUUGGCAAUCGAUCAUGAUUCAACUCUUUGAAAUUUAUAUGCAGUGCGCCAUUAAAAAUGUAAUAUAGACACUUUAGAAGCUAGCCUAAAAAUCCUUUGCAUAACAAUAUCUGGAGGGCAAGAAAAACAUUGUGCUUUGUCUUACCCCAUUAUUGAAAAAUCCUACGGCUUUCCGUGCUUUCGAGUCACCUAUUAUUCUCGACUAUUUUUAGUUAACUGCAAAGAGCCUAUUUGUUCCUCGCGCAAUUCCCACUAUAAACUCUAGCUAUGGCCAUUCAUGCAAUUUGGUGGGUGACAGUUGACAAAUAAUUUAAUUUCUUCAUUUAGCCUGUGGAUGUCCCAGUAUCCAAACAGUACGACCGACAGGUUCACCCGGUGUGGACGGAAAAUACUAUGUCAGUUGGACCGAACCUGAACCCAAUUGCCCGGCCCAGCCAAGCCCAAGCAAUCCUAGUAAGCCCAGUGGACGGUUUUCUGCUGGUGAAAGUAUUGUCACAUACAAGUACAGAGUGGCAAACAAGUUUAAUCUAAAAUGUCAUGUGAAGAUUGUUGUCCCUGCAG